UAAGUGAGAAAGCGAGGGCGAGUUCGAUGCAUAAUAAGAAUCCUGCUCGUGUAGGACCACUUGGUUAUAGGGGCAAGAAAGCUGAGUGGGAACAAGAGAUGGCAUCUGGUCAAUUGACACCUCAAUUGUAUCAGAUAAAAAGCGAGCGUUCACUGCAUUAUGUUUUGGGUAGAAGAUCUAAAAAUGAGUUGGGGUUGAACAUAAUACCGCCUACCAUACAACCCAUAGUGGACAAGCUUGUCGAUGUCCAGACUCAAAUCUCUGAAGGAGAUUUGGAGCUCAGUCCAGGAGAGGACUUGUUGACAAAGGUAAUAGGACCGGAGCACCCGGGCCGUACCAGGGCUGUUGGUCAUGAUGUUGGAUUGAGAAAAGGGAUGCAAGGGACUGAUAAAAAAAAGAGGAAAAAACAUGAAAACGAAACUAUUGUUAAACUGCAGACAACGAUAGAUCUGAUGGGCUCCCAAUUGGCAAAGCUACAAGCACACUUUGACUUACAACAGGGGUCUAGGAACCAUGCCCCAGAUGAUGUAAGCUUAGGGGUUCAACAAAAUAAUUGUGGCUCGACUCCAACAUUAGAUGCUUUGGAUGCGAUAAAGAUGCCUACCCCUUGUGAAUUGGUGUUACCCUAUGGGGAGUUGGACCAAAAAUGUGCCAAGGGAUUGGUCUUUCCAUAUGGGAAUGGGUUAAUACACACAUUGCCUUUAAGAGAAAAUCACCUGAAGGUUCUGAUAGACGACAUCGAUAGUAGAUAUGAAAAUUUUCCUGUUCCUGUGAUGACAAAAGAAGUUGCUAACCUACAAGGGGCGGUUGGCACUGUAAUUCAAUGGCCCCGGAUUGCAAUUAUUCCUGCAAACGAACAAAGAGCGAAGAAACAAAUCCCAACCACAAGUUUGGUGCCAACAAUUUCAAGGGCUGGUACAAAAAAGAAUAUACCCAACCAAACAUCCAGCAAGGCGAGGCCGAUUGAAUAUCUUCGUGAUUGCUUGAAGACCAACCAAGUGGUUAACAUUGUAGCCGAUUCUGGGAUUUUGGAAGUCGGGACAUAUGAUUUUUCGGUUACAUGUGAAGAAUAUUUUCGACUGCUGAGAAAACAAACAAUUGAUGCUUCCAUCAUAACUGCUUGGCAAUUGAUUCUUCAUUCAAUGGUUCGGACACGUAUGAACAAAUGUGCUUUCUUGAACCCUUAUAAUAUUCUAGGAGAGGCAUGCCAGAAAAACCCAGAGGGUGUCGUUAGUUAUCUUGUUGAUUCCAUUCGUUUGCACCACGGAAAAUUGUUUCUCAUUGCACCAUAUUUGCAAAAUAAGCAUUGGGUGCUCUUGGUGAUUUCCUUUCGCAAUCGUGUUGUCUAUAUUUUGGAUUCUCUUAAGGAUCGUAUUGAAAAGUCUGCCGACUACCAUUACCUGCUCAAAAAACAUGUGGACAUUGCAACCAACAACUUGGUGGUUUAGAGAGCGGACAUUAUGUUAUGCGCUGGAUGUUUGAUUUCUUGACGACAAGACAACAUGGAUUUCCAAGUAAAGUAAGUACUUUUUUAAUAUUUGUUGAUUUUUUUUAUUGCAACAAAAUAUUUGGUUUGUUAAUGAAUAUGUUUAAUUUUACAUUUAAUAUAGUCCGGUAGCAUUUGGGAUGACAAAAGUCCCUUUGAAGAAAAGAUGUUGGUUGCAACUGUUGCUAUCUGGUCUAGAGAGUUUUUGAAUAACUUUAUGAAUGAUGUGGUCCUAUAAAAAACAUAUAUGGUUAGUUAAUGAAUUCCAAAACUUCCUAAUUUUGGUUUAAUUAUUUUUGUUGGAGUUCUUACAUUUUUACUUUCAUUUGUUUAUUUUUCAGGGAAUUUAGAAGAAACUCACUACAAUUGAUUUUUUGGACAAUCCCUAUGCCAAGUCAUGACAAAUGUUUUUUUUUUCUUUUUUUAUUUGUAAUUUUUCAUGCAAGUUGUAUGAUGUAUGAAAUUACCAAAUCCAUGAUUUCUUUUGCUACUUAGACAAUUGUCUUUGUUUGAUUAUAUUUUAAUCAAUGACUAUUAUGGUUUAUUUAACAUUUCCACAUAAAAACAUUGUUUAUUUUUACAGUAUGUGUUAUAAAUUGAUAGUUUAUAAGUAUUGUACUGUUAUUUUUAUAAAAUGAUAUUAAAAAUAUAUAAGAGUGUUAAAAGGAACCGGUUGCUUAUUUAGAAACCAGGUUCUAAACCUAUUGUGUAAAAAAGGGUAAAAGUCUAUUAUGACCCGGUUGUUUGUAU